CGAAGUAAUUCGAGUAGAUACCCAGUGCUUUUUCUUUGAUAUCAAGGAAAUUCUUCAUUCAUUCAAAAAUGACUGACAAAGUUGAAUCUGUUACUGCUGCGGUUGCGACCCCGAAGAAGGCUGCCGCACCCAAGGUGAAGAAGCCCAAGAGCAAGCCAACUCAUCCACCAACUGCUGACAUGGUGAAUGCCGCCAUCAAGGAACUCAAGGAAAGAAAUGGAUCGUCUCUUCAGGCCAUCAAGAAAUACGUUGCUGCAACUUAUAAACUUGAUGCUGACAAGUUGGCUCCUUUCAUCAAGAAGUACUUGAAGAGUGCCGUCGCCAGUGGUAAAUUGGUGCAGCCCAAAGGAAAAGGUGCUUCAGGAUCUUUCAAACUCGCAGUGAAAGACAGCAAACCCAAAGUUGCCAAGUCUGCUGCUUCAAAGGUUACCAAGAAACCAGCAGCCAAAGUUGCUAAAAAGCCAGCUUCCGCGAAGAAGGCUGCCCCGAAAGCAAAGAAAGCUGUUGCUGAAAAGAAAAAGACUGCUACUAAGGUUGCUGCCAAGCCACCCAAGGCAAAGUCAACCACCACCAAGCCUAAGGCUGCCAAGCCUGCUCCCAAAAAAGCAGCAAAGGCCGCUUCUACAGUAAAGAAAGCUGCUCCCAAGGCGAAAAAGCCAGCAGCAAAGAAGGUCGCAAAGAAGUAAAGAGAAUGUUCCUUUGACAUUUCGAAGUGCUGCCCCUAUUCAAGAACAAACGGCCCUUUUCAGGGCCA